AUGCUCCUGUUCCCUCCGGCUCACCUGUUCCCCGAGUUCCCCGAGUUCCCCAAGCCCCCCGAGUUCCCCAAGCCCCCCCUGUUCCCCCUGUUCCCGUUUUCUCUGAUCCCCCCAGGCCGUGUUCCGAGUGUUCAAGCUGCCCAGCCUCUCCUCCCCACUCCUCAGGUCCACGACGGCUCCUUCUCCCUCUCCACCGCAGCUCCCGCCCCGCCUCCAGCCGGUGCCCGCUCCUUCUGUCCUCCUCUGGUUCAGCCAUCUCUACGCCAGCGAAUCCUGCAAGGUGCGGAUGUAGACCUUUCCUCUCUCCUACGUCCAUCAGCUGCCGCUGCGGCGCCCCGCCUUCUCGAUGUCGGGGGCGUAUCGCUCACGCUCGGAUCUUCUGAAUCCCGCGCCUCCAAGAUCCUUAUCGUGCCUGAGUUCGCUCUCGCGUUUUCUACUUUCCGCGAUGUUAUCUGCGCUGUUUUCCCUGCCCGCCGGCAGGAACUCGAUGAUUACCUGUCCAUCAUCCUUGACAUGGCUGUGCGAUACGGAGGAUCGGGAUUUUAUGAAUACCAUCGCCUUUUCUCCGCACAGGCAGCUGCGCGCCUGCAGCAAUGGAACAUCGCUACCUAUUGGGGCACCCUGAAUCUCGAGCUUUAUUGCCGUAUUUUCACUGGCCGUCCUUCCCUCUCCUGCGAACUGUGCGGCUCACGCCCGCCCUUCCUGCCCCCACCAUCCUCCCAAGUUCGGGCGGAGCUGACUGCUCCGCUAUCUGUCAACCCCGACUUUUCUUUCUCGGCUCCCAACCUCCUGUCAUCAGAAUCUGAACCCGACGUUGUCUCCUCUCUCCUCGCCAAGGAGGUUUCUGAUGGUUUCAUGGUCGGCCCCUUUUCCUCUCCCCCUUUUUCUACUUUUCGGAUUAAUCCCAUCGGCAUUGCCACGCGCAAAUACUCGGGGAAGAAACGCCUCAUCAUUGACUUAUCCGCUCCCCAUGGCUCUUUUGUUCCUUCCGUCAAUAGCCUGGUGCCCAGCGACGAGUUUUCUUUGUGCUAUGCCCGUGUUGAUGAUGCGAUUUCCCUCAUCAAACUCGUCGGACGCGGCACUUGGAUGGCCAAAGCAGACAUCAUCUCAGCUUUUAAGGUCUUACCCAUCCAUCCUGACUUUUGGCACCUAUUUUGCGUGCGCUGGAAGGGGCGUUACUACUUCGCCACCCGGCUCGUUUUCGGCUGUAAGAGCAGCCCCAAGAUAUUUGACUGUUUCGCUGAGGCACUGUCCUGGAUCCUGCUCAACGUGUGUCGUAUUCCCUAUGUCGUGCACCUGCUGGACGACUUUCUGGUCCUCGACGCCCUGUCUUCUCCGCCCGCUCGUUGCAUCACCUCCCUAGCAUCAGUUUUUCACCGCCUGGGCGUUCCGCUGUCCGCCGAAAAGACCGUUGGUCCGUCUACAUCGCUCGAAUUUUUGGGGAUUUUGCUGGACUCUGUCAACUUACAGGCUUCUCUUCCCCGCGAUAAGCAAACUCGCAUCUCCCAAGUUCUCUCAGAGUUUCUGCAACAGCCUCGUUGCACCAAGCAGCAGCUCCUGUCGCUUCUCGGGCAUCUGAAUUUCGCCAUGCGCAUCAUCCCACAAGGUUGCGCGUUUAUUUCCCAUCUCCUCCUCCUCGCUUCUUCAGCUACAUCCUAUUUUCAGUUCGUCACCCUGGAUGAGGCUUGUCUAGCAGAGAUACGUUUCUGGCUCCUACUCCUCUCUCAUUGGAAUGGCAUUUCGUUUUUCUUUAACGACGCAGUAUCUAAUCCUGUUGAUAUUCAUCUCUUCACGGACGCCGCACCUUCCACAGGCUUUGGCGGUUUCUACGACGGCAGAUGGUUCGCCUCCCAAUGGCCUGCCGAAUUUUUUCAACUCCCCUCGGAUCUUUGUGAUUCGUCCGCGCUUCAUGAACUUUACCCCAUCAUCGUCGCUGCCCUGCUAUGGGGACACGAAUGGACGCGACGCGUCAUUUUCACGCACUCUGAUAAUCUAGCCGUAGUAAACGCAAUCAACAAGGGUCGGUCAAAUUCCCCGUCCUUAAUGCCAUUGCUCCAGAGGCUCACGUGGCACUCCAUCAUGCAUCAGUUCAUUCUCAAAGCUGUUCACAUUCCUGGUUCAUCUAACCCCAUUGCUGAUUCUCUGUCUCGUUUCCAAUUUCAGAAAUUCAGGACCUUGGCUCCACUCUCAGACCCACAUCCAACCCCAGUUCCACCUUAUUUGGACACCGUCUUCCCGCUGCACAUGCCUUCUACAAUUUGA